UGGAAAUGAAACAAGAAGAUCGCGUUACGGAGAAACAAGGUUAUUAGUAUUUCAUGGUGGUCCCACGUGGCAGUUUAGACACCAACAGCACUACAGCACAGAACCCUUCUCUUCCUGCAACCCAAGCUCCCAAACCGAAAGGAAACCCCAAACCCAUCUCAUCCAUGGCAAUUCCUGCCACUUCUUCAUCUCCUUCUCUUCGAUCCCUCCACAACAAUCACACCACUUUCUCCUUCAGCUCCUUCCGCCGCAAACCUUCCCUUCUCACCGCCACCGCCAGGAAACCCUUAACCAUCCUCGCCAUGGCUCCCAAAAAGAAGGUGAACAAGUACGACGAUAAUUGGAAGAAGGAGUGGUUUGGGGCGGGGAUUUUCUACGAGGGAAGCGAGGAAGUUGAAGUGGACGUGUUCAAGAAGUUGGAAAAGAGGAAGGUCCUCAGCAACGUCGAGAAGGCGGGGCUGCUCUCCAAGGCGGAGGAGCUCGGACUCACGCUCUCCUCCAUCGAGAAGCUUGGCGUCUUCUCGAAAGCCGAGGAGCUUGGACUGCUCAGCCUGCUCGAGAACGCCGCCGGAUUCUCUCCCUCCGCCCUCGCCUCCGCGGCUCUGCCAGCCCUCGUCGCAGCCAUCGCGGCGAUUGUUCUCAUCCCUGAUGACUCCGCUGCUCUUGUUGCCGUACAGGCGGUUGUCGCCGCCGUACUUGGAGUUGGCGCGGUUGGGUUGUUUGUUGGGUCUGUUGUGCUAGAUGGGUUGCAAGAGGCUGAUUGAUUCUUAGUUCAAAUGUACAAAGAUGUGAUUUGCCUUUUUUAUCCCUCCCUCCUCCCUUCCCCCCGCCGGGUUGAUGUGUUAAUGGAAAACGAAAGGGACAAUAUUUGACUGUCUGUAAGAAGAUACUGAGAUACAUCGAUUGCACUGCAUGUUGUGGAUGGAUAUGAUUGUCCUGGUUUGAUUGUUCGAUCUUAGAUUGCCAUAUUGUUAUACAAGGAAAGCUGUAUGAACAAGUGAUAUUUGUGUUAAAUCAUAAUCGAGUCCCACCUUGUGUGUA